AGCAGAGGAGGAGAGGAGAAAGAAGCCUCGCCUUUCUCUCCUUUUCCAUUCCAUAACCUUUCCAACCCGCACCCCGCCGCCGCCGCAUCAAUCGCACGCGCAGAAAUCACAAGCGCAAAACCCACCACUUCCCAAUGGAGAACGGCGACGAAACCCUCGCCUUCCCCACCCCCGCCGCCGCCGCCGAGAAGACCGCGCCCAACGGCGGCGUGGCGGAGGAGGAGCAGGCCCCCGUGACCCACCCCGCCAAGUCCUACGCCGCCGUCGCCGCCGAGAACCCCGCGCCCAACGGCGGCGUCGCGAAGGAGGAGGAGGGGGCCGCCGGCACCCACGCCACCGCCAAGUCCUACGCCGCCGUCGCCGCCCACGCCGAGAUCGAGGACCUCCGCGCCGCCAAGCUCGACCUCGAGGGGAAGCUCGCCGAGGCCCAGCGGGAGAACGAGGCACUCGCCAAGGAGGCGCACCGCAUGGAGGGGAUCUUCACGCAGUCCCGGGAGGAGGUCACCAGCGCCGAGUUCGCCGCCGACUCCGCCGAGAAGGAGGCCGCCUCGCUCCGCGCCGAGGUCGAGCGCCUCCAGGCCGCCCUCAAGAUCGAGAAGGGUGAGCACGAGCUGGACAAGCGCAGGCACGAGGAGCUCGCCAAGGAGGUGGAGGCCGUUCGCCAGGAGAAGCUCAAGCUCGAGGAGGAGAUCAAGGCCCUGAAGGCUUCCGCCGCCACCACCACUACGAAGGAGAGGGAGGCUGCUCCGUCGGCUGAGGCCCCGAAGGAAGUGGAGGGCGUGUGGCAGGCUAUGGCGGUGGCCGCGGCUAUUGGCGCUGCCGGCACGGCUGCCGUCGUGCUGAUCGGUCUCCGCCUCAUCAAGAGGUAAUCUGGUGCUCGGUUCCGCAGGAAGUUUUGCUCGGUUGCGCAGGAAGUUUUUGCGGUGAUGCUGCUCGAACUGAACUGGGAGUGAUGUGACUUCUAUGGGUAGUUGCUUAUUAGCCUACAGAAACAUAGGGAUCUGGAGACUGGUUAUGUUUCACUGCUGUUUUUCUUCUACUAGUAUCAUUCUACAUGCUUUUGGUGGUGACAUAAAAGAUGUUCGUGCGACUGAGUAACACUGUAUGGUUGGUUAUCUUCACGUUUAUGUUACUGCUGCGGAGCAGCCCCUUAUCUCUGUUUCGAUCUAAUAGUUUGUGCUCUGCUGGUGAGUGUGCUUAAUUGAAAUUAUUGGCUUGGUGA